AACAAUAAUAACUUAUUCUACAGUUUUCAAAAUGAUAAAAUGUAGUAUUAAAUUCUACUACAAUGAAUAAAUCUAUAGUGGAAAUGAUAUAAAUUUUAAAGGAAGAAUUUAAUGAUAUGCAGAUCUGCAUGCGGUUACUACUGGUGUAUAUUUGUAUUUUCAUAGGUCUUGUUAGAAGGAAUACAAAUGCCUUAAAGAGCCUUUUGCGAGAAUUAUGGUUUACCAUGUAUUCUCGUGGAGGUGGUAAAAUGGGAUCGAGUGCUUUUGAGCAUGUCUUUCUUGCGGAGUUGAAGAGAGGAGAAAUAUCAGGAAUGCAUAAUUGGAUAUUUUUUAGUUUUGAAGAAGCUAGAAAUACUGCAGAUUACAUGGGAUAUAUAAGAAAACUGGAACUGGGAAAUAAAGGUGCUAUUGCAAAGAUUCAUUACAAAUGGUCAAAUGUGGUGAAACCUGUGGGUUCAAUGUUUGUGGGUACUAGCCCUGAAUUGGAAAUGGCAUUAUAUACUAUCUGCUUUCUUACGAGGCCAGAUGAUCGAUGCCAAAUCACUUUGGGAAACAAAGUUGUGACAAUCCGAACUCAUACGUUCCGUUACAGAGGGAAGAAUUUAAUUGGAAGUGCUUUUCCAGAAAUUUAAAUCAAGUCAACUCUACUAUCUCUUUGUCACCGAAAUUCAUUACCAUUACUGUAAGAUGGUUUGAAAGUCAUUGAAUUAUAUUGUGAUUAUGCUUCAGAUCAAAAAAUUCAUUGUUUGUCUGUUGAACGUUCACUUUUGAUGUGUUUGAACUAUUUUUUAUUCUUUGAAAUAUAUGAAAAAAGUUUGAUUUUCUUUUUUGUUUUUUUUAAUAUAUGUAUGUAAUAUAAUUAUUAAAAUUGUAUAUAAAAGUUUUCAGUAUAUCAUGG